CAGUGAGUCAGUACGAGCGAGAGAGCGGAGGACGGGACGCACAGGACGGCCCGACUUCAGCCCGACAAAAAAACUCCUAAAAGUAGCCGCCUUCCAACACCCCACUUGGAGUUUUUCGCCUUUAUUUGUUGCCUGUUAUGAAAUGCUUUUACGCGGAUGACUUAAAAGAUCAGGUCGAGAUCCAGCCUGGUGACUCCAAACUGACACGUGUGUCCCAACUUGAGCUGCCCGGCUCAAGGGAGCAGCUUGCAGAGAGUUCAGCGCCAUGUCUUAACACCUCACACUCCCCUCUGAAAACCCUGUCCCCCCUUCCCUCUCUCUCCCCUCCCUCCCCCUCCUCCUCUUCCUCCCCUGCCCUCCCUGUAGACGCUUCCCAGUCCUUCGGAAACCACAGUGCCUCCUUCGGAGAGAUGAGUUUGCAGCAGCAGGGGUCCGAGAGGGACCUUCCCUCCGCCGCCUCGUCCGUCAGUCUACCCUCUGUACGGAAGACUCCUAAAAAGCGGCGCAUCUCGCUGCGCUCACUGUUUCGCCGUCGUUGCGGGGAUCCCAAAUCACGCAAAUCACGGGCACUAGCCACCGGAGUGGAUGGCAUUGCCAGCGUGGAGAGCGUGCACUCUGAAAUGUGCCAGCAGCAGGAUCACGCUUCAGCUCUUUCUGCGGCCGGUGUGGCCUACACCUCGUCUUCAUGCUCCUCAUCCUCAGCCUCCACCUCUGAGCUGCUGGAGUGCCCGCUGUGCCUGCUGCGCCACACCAGAGACCGUUUUCCUGACAUCAUGACAUGCCACCACCGCUCGUGUGCCGACUGCCUCCGACAGUAUCUCCGAAUCGAGAUAUCCGAGAGCAGGGUCAACAUCAGCUGCCCAGAGUGCUCCGAGCGAUUCAACCCCCAUGACAUCCGAAUGAUACUCAACGAUCGGGUGCUUAUGGAGAAGUAUGAAGAGUUCAUGCUGCGCCGCUGGCUGGUGGCGGACCCUGACUGUCGAUGGUGCCCUGCUCCAGACUGCGGGUAUGCGGUCAUUGCCUUCGGUUGUGCCAGCUGUCCAAAGAUCACGUGUGGUCGUGACGGCUGCGGGACUGAGUUCUGUUACCACUGUAAACAGCUGUGGCAUCCGAAUCAGACCUGUGACGCCGCCCGACAGCAGAGAGCCCAGAGUCUGCGGCUGAGACCCUUCAGAUCAUCCUCACUCAGCUACAGCCAGGAGAGCGGCGCUGCUGCUGACGACAUUAAGCCAUGUCCCCGCUGUGCGGCCUACAUCAUUAAGAUGAAUGAUGGGAGCUGUAAUCACAUGACCUGUGCUGUGUGCGGCUGUGAGUUCUGCUGGCUGUGUAUGAAGGAGAUCUCUGACCUGCACUACUUAAGUCCUUCGGGAUGCACAUUCUGGGGUAAGAAGCCCUGGAGCAGGAAGAAGAAAAUCCUGUGGCAGUUGGGCACGCUUGUGGGAGCUCCUGUUGGCAUUGCCCUGAUUGCAGGCAUUGCCAUACCCGCGAUGAUCAUUGGGAUUCCGGUUUAUGUGGGUAGAAAGAUUCAUAAUCGUUAUGAAGGGAAAGACAUCUCCAAGCACAAGAGGAACCUUGUCAUAGCCGGCGGGGUGACUUUGUCUGUCAUUGUGUCUCCAGUGGUUGCUGCUGUUACUGUUGGAAUAGGAGUGCCCAUCAUGUUGGCGUACGUCUAUGGUGUGGUGCCCAUCUCUCUGUGCCGCAGCGGUGGUUGCGGUGUAUCUGCGGGCAACGGUAAAGGUGUUCGCAUUGAGUUUGAUGAUGAGAACGACAUGAACCCUGGCACCGGAGCUGCUGUGACUGACACCACUUCAGUAGCAGAGACCAGGCAAAACCCCAGCAUUGGUGAGGGCAGUGUAGGGGGUCUGACGGGCAGUCUGAGUGCCAGCGGGAGCCACAUGGAGCGUAUCGGAGCAAUGAGAGACAACCUAAGUGAGAACGCCAGCACUAUGGCCCUUGCUGGAGCGAGCAUCACUGGCAGCUUGUCAGGAAGUGCCAUGGUCAACUGCUUCAACAGGUUGGAGGUUCAAGCUGAUGUUCAAAAGGAGCGUUGCAGUCUGAGUGGAGAGUCUGGUACCGUCAGUCUGGGGACAAUCAGUGACAACGCUAGCACCAAAGCAAUGGCUGGAUCCAUUCUCAAUGCCUACUUGCCUAUGGACAGAGAUGGCAACAGUGUGGAGGUGCAGGUGGAUGUGGAAUCUAAAAGAGGGAAGCUUCGGCACCACAGCGGCAGCAGCAGUAUGGAUGAUGGCAGCAGUGGAGGACCCGGAGCGAGUGCUUGCCCCUCCGGCUGUCUCCACGAUGGCAAAUGCCUCACUUCUCGCUGGGCCAAGGAGCCGUCCUCCACCUCAUCUUCAUCAUCCGGCAAGAAGAGUAAAGGAAAGCUGCGCAAAAAGAGCGGUGGAACCAAGAUUAAUGAGACGCGCGAAGACAUGGACGCACAGCUUCUGGAGCGCCGCAGCACCAACUCCAGCGAACUAGACUCUCCUUCUCUGAGCGGCAGCCUUCCGUCUGUGGCCGACUCGCACUCCAGCCACUUCUCAGAGUUCAGCUGCUCUGACCUGGACACCUGCAGACCUGCCUGCUACGAGUCUCACAUCCGCCAUCCCAACACAGGCGGAGCGGUCAGCCCUCUUCCUGAAGUCGAGAACGACCGGCUGGAAAACUGUCCUGCUUCUGGGAGCCUCCCUCAAGCUAUGGUAGCCCCAAUCUCCCCCGAUGGGGCGGCAGAGCGUCCUCUGUGCUACAUUGCGGAGGAGAAUGUGAGUUUAAUGUGUGCGGCUAAUGCGGGCCAGAGCUCGCCUAAAGAACGCAAUAACAACCUUCCUCAGCCAGCUAGCCCUGUGCGCAACACCUGCAUUCAAACCGAGAUAUAACCAGACGGGUCGACUUCACCCAAAACGCUUUCACAGCUAACCUCAACGCCCACUUUAUUACCAAGGAUUGCACACUGAAUUGAAGAUUUAUUUUUUUUGUUUUUCUUCGAGGGUUACAUGGAGGUUUUAACGUCCUGGUCUGAUGGUCGAUUGUUGAAAUGUUGGAAAAGGAGCGCCACUUUUUACACUGGUCAAUGGCAGGUUGUGCCUUGAGGUUUCAGAAAGUUGACCAAAGGUUAUAGUUUGAUUAACAGGUUUUUGUUAAGACCUGUCGGUCUGUGUUUCUAGUUAGUCUAAAGCUUGGAUACGGUUCGGAAAGUCAACAGAUGAAUGUAAGGCGGCAAGUGAUGCACAGAUACUGAGGAUGAUGAUAAUGCUGUUGAUGAUGUAGCUGUCAAUCACAUAUGCCUCUUUCAGUGUUCUGGGUCGCUGUGAUGAACAAGUACAUGAAUGAAUCUCACAAAAACAUCUCGCAUAAUUCAACCCAAAAUUAAAACCAGCAAAAUGGGAAAUAAACCCUGUAUUUAGAGCAGGUUAGAUCUGUAUUGACACAAUUUCAUGGUAUUUAAAGAGGGAGUUCACUCAGAAAUUAAGCCAGCUCUAAACCUGUCUGUUCUGUGGAACAUAUCGAAAUUUGGAAGACUGUUAGUAGCCAAACAGUUUCAUCUCCCAUUGACUUUUAUUGUAUUUAAUGGAAGCCAAAACUACUACUACAGAACAUCAUCAUUUACGUUCCACUGAAGACAUUUUGCAGGUUUGAAAUGGCACAAGAGAGUGUGAACUGUCCAUUUAAGCAUAUUUUUCUAAUUUAAUGUCAAAUAUUUUGACUUUCUUUUAUUUCUCUUGUAGUUUGUAAUGAUUCUCAUUCUUAUUACGACAAUACAGUAUUUUUGUUAUCUCCCUUGUACAAUUAUUUCAAUCACCAUAAAGGCAGUACUGCAAAUAGUACCGUGACUUGCGUAUAUCAUAUUCAUUGCAGUAAUAAGAGUGAGAUUUGUUUGCAAAUAAAAAAUAUGCAAUAUUUUCCUAAAAAUAAUGCAAUCGUGAUGCUUUAGAAAGGCUUCGUUUUUCUUUAAAUAACAUUUUCCUUGAUUUUGGGCUGAAAUAUGACGUGACGUGUUCUUGACAGAGGUCAUGUUACUCACCCGUGUAUUCAGGCACCUUCACCACACAUAUACACACACACACGUAUACUCUCAGUUACCCAGCAUAUAGCUUUAGUCUGAGGAACCUGCACCUAUUCAAAGGCAACGAGCAAGUCGAGAGGGAAUCAACUUCCUUUUUAUUUCUGAGAUGAUACAAGAUGAGCCCAUGAGGGACCAGGCAAUAGCAGAUAUUUCCCUUUUCACAGCAGUGAUUCUUGUACGUGGUUGAGUGUUUAAUUUUGUGUUUUUUUUUUUCUUUCAUCACUGCUUAUUUUCCAUUUUUGGGGGAAAAGUAGAUGCUUUUGAGUUUAAGAGACACCGAGGAGCUAAAUGAAGUCGUAUUGCGCCCCCUGCUGGUAGGAUGGGGAUAAUUGACCAAACCCAAGUCUGGCAUGUUUCAAACAAAGAAAGUUUCUUCAAAGCCAAUUUAAUGCUAAUUUUCAAUAGAAUUACUGUUAGGGGUGCAGUGGGUUUAUAUUUAUGAAGCGGAAGGAUUUGCAUUGUUUAUAAAAGAGAAAAAAAAACUACUUUCAUUGUAAAGGCUAAGAUGGUAAUCGCAUUCAGGUUGUUUAAGUGAUUCUUUUUUUUUUGUCAUGUUUGUAUCUGUAUUGACUCAUGGUGCCUUUUGGAUCAUAGAAUAACUGUUUGUUUCUCCGGUUUGUGUCUUAUAAAUUGAAAUUUAAUGGAUGAGGCUGCAUUGAAUGUUAGCGAGGCGGCGUGGCAUGGUUUCCUAUCGUCUCUGUGCGCACGGUUAGAAACUACACAACUGACCGCCUACCAAAGACAGCACUCAGGCUUACCGACGACGACUCGUCUCUUCAACACGCUCACCUCCUCGUCUCCUCACCUUGUGUAUGUACGCGUGUGUGAGAGUGUGUGUUUGCAGUGUUCAUCCCAGUCCUGUUCGCGUCUUCAGCCGGGUCUCUUCCAGGAGUGGACUUUUCUUGCUGCCGUUCUGGUGCUGCUCAGUAAUCUCUCGGAACCGAUCUAAUGCCACAAGCUGCUUUGUUUUGUUGUUUAUUGUUCGUUUCUAUUUCUUUUUUUUUUCUCCUCUUCUUACGUUUUGAGCCUUCCUGCCCAUAUCUGUUCGAUUAUUACUUCAGAGACUAGGGCCGAUUGAUUUCUAACUUGUUCAAAACAGCUUGAUAUUUGUAUAUUUGCUUUAUAAUAUGCGUGUAAAUGCAUAUCUAAAUGAAAAUAAAAACAUGAAUCCA